CAGCAAGUGACUCCCAAGAGGGUUCCAGCUGAUCUUCCUCCGCUCUGCGCUCUUUUAAUCUCACGGGGUCUUUUGACGUUUGUCAGCCAUGGCAACGACAGUCCUACCAUUUUACCAGCGGAAACACAAGCAUUACAGCUAUGAUUACCGCAGUAGUCAAGCUAAAUAUGUAACCAAGGAAUACUCCUCAAGUUCAGCUGAUGAUGAGGGCCCAACUUACAAAUAUCACGAGGAAAAAAAAAUUCAGGAAGUGGUGCAGAAAAAGAGUUCUGAAAAGUACAUUCGUGAAGAGUCUAUGAUCAGGGGUCCUCAGUUCCUGGUCAGGCUGAGAUCCCACACUGUCUUUGAGAACACACCAGUGAAGCUGUUCUGCACUGUACAGGGAUAUCCCACCCCAACUGUGAAAUGGUAUAAGGAUGAUGUCCUUAUUGAUACAGUGAGUACUGCAGGAAAAUACUUUGUGGAGAGCAACUAUGGAAUUCACAGCUUGGAAAUCAGCAGGUGUGCAACUGAUGAUACUGCCCAGUAUACUGCUGUGGCUGCCAACGUUCAUGGUCAGGUUUCCUCCCAGGCCUCUGUGAUUGUCAAGAGGUACAGAAGUGAAGAGGAGUCCUGUCCCUUUGCAUGGCUCCCCUACCAGUACCAGAUAUUGCCUGAAAUAGAGUACACUAAGAUCAACAUCACCUUCCUAGAAACAUUUGAUGUGGCAUUUGGAACAGAGGGGGACAAGCUCACCCUGGCCUGCAAGAUGACAGUUAGCCCUAACCUGGCUAACCUGCAGCCUGAAGCCUUAUGGUUCAGAGAUGAGCAUCUGUUGAAGGAAUCAAGGUGGGCGAAGAUGGAGUCCGGGCCAGGAUUUGCCAGGGUGACUUUGCCUCACCUCAACAAAGAUGAUGAGGGCUUGUACACCCUCCGCAUGGUGACGAAAGGAGGGACUGCUGCACACAGUGCAUACGUAUAUGUGGAAGAUGGUCCUCCCCCAGUUCCCGGAGCCCCAGGUGCCCCCAUGGACAUCAAGAUACAUGAUGCCAACAGAGAUUAUGUCAUUGUGUCCUGGAAACCCCCCAACACCACCACUGAGGGCCCCAUCAUUGGAUACUUUGUUGACAGAUGUGAAGUUGGAACUGAAAAUUGGACGCAGUGCAAUGACUCCCCCAUUAAGAUCUGCAAAUACCCAGUGUCGGGCUUGUUUGAAGGACACUCCUAUUACUUCCGUGUCCGAGCGGUGAAUGCUCACGGCAUCAGCAGGCCUUCUAGGAUGUCUGACCCGAUUGCUGCCCUUGACCCCACCGAAUUUGACAGGCUGCAUGCAAUGAAGCUGGGAGGAAAACUUGAUGUUGUGACCUACCAUGAUGACCUGGAAGCUGAAGGGAAUCCCCCGGGACUUCCCGCCAAUGUACAUGCCUCAGAGACAGAUCGAACAUAUGUUGUGCUCAGCUGGGAACCACCCGCUUAUCGCGGACGAGCGCCAAUGUGGUACUACAUUGAGAAGUGUCUGGUUGAGAGUGGAACUUGGCAGAGAGUAAAUACCCAGGUGCCGGUGAGGUCUCCGCGCUAUGCCGUGUUUGACUUGGCAGAGGGGAAGGAGUACAUGUUUCGUGUUUUAUCUGCAAACAUGUAUGGUACCAGUGAGGCCUCUAAGCCUACAGGACACAUCAAAACCCAGGAGCUUCGUGGUGUUCCCUCUGCUCCUGGUCAAGUAGUUUCCACCAGGCAUACAAAAACCUCUGUUCUUGUGCAGUGGGAUCCUCCUAAAGAACCCAACAAUCUCAUUGGAUAUUACAUUGACUCCUGUGUAAAGGGAUCAAAAGACUGGAUUUCAUGCAAUCAUAAACCACAUAAGCACACAAGGUUUGUGGUUCAUGGUUUGACCACUGGAGAGACCUAUGUGUUCCGUGUGCAAGCAAUCAAUGAGCUGGGACUCAGUGAUGAGUCUCAGGAGUCAUCACCUCUCUCUGUGCAAGCAGCUCUUACAAAACCAUCCUCCCCCUAUGACAUUGCCCUACUCCACUGCGAUGGCAGCUCCAUGAUGCUGAACUGGAAGCAUCCCAAGCACACUGGUGGGGCCAAGGUCACUGACUACUAUGUUGAUAAGCGGGAAGUGUCACAUAAGGAAUGGAGGGAGACCAAUGUGACCCCCAUCCACGAAAGAAUCUUCAAGGUUGAAAAUCUGAAGAAGGGUGCAGUUUAUGAGUUUCAGGUUUAUGCUGCAAGUCUUGCUGGAGUGGGAAAACCUUCAAAACCCAGUGCACACUUCCUCUGUGACGCAUGGAACAUGCCAGAACCAGGUCCUGCUUAUGAUCUGACCUUCUGUGAGAUCAGGAAUGACUCUUUAGUCCUUGAGUGGAAGGCUCCAGUGUAUACAGGCCAGAGUCCAAUCACUGGUUACUUUGUGGACAUGUGCAAGGAAGACUCAGACACCUGGACCACUGUGAAUGAAACUGCUGUCAAUCACCGUUACCUGAAGGUGACUCAUCUUAAAGAAGGUCAAUCCUAUGUCUUCAGGGUGCGUGCACAGAACGCAGAAGGAACUGGGAAGCCUUCCACCGCGUCUGACCCUGUGGUUGCUGAAGCUGUGCUAGGUGUCCAGGAGAUACAGUGUGGAGUGGAUGAAGAGACAGGUGACAUAUACAUGUCAUACGAAAGUUGUGAAAUGUCUGAAAAGUCACAGUUCAUCUGGAAGAAAUCCUACCAAGAAAUCACUGACUUCACUAAAGGAAUUGUCAUUAAAACUGAAGGCAAUCGCUCCAAGAUCAUUUUCAAGAACCCUGACAAAGAAGAUAUAGGGACUUUUUCUGUUGCGGUCACCCACACUAAUGGUGUCUCCUCAAGCUAUGUGAUUGUAAAGGAAGAGCUGGAGAAAAUGCUGGCUCAGAGUUAUGACAUCAGACACCCCAUCAUUCCUCUGAAGACUGAGCUGGCUUACAAGAUCAUGGAGAGGGGUCGCAUGCGCUUCUGGCUGCAGGCCGAGAGCAUCUCUUCUGCCGUCACAUACAAAUUCUUUGCAAAUGACAAAGAGCUCGUCAGCAGUGAGCAAUACAAGAUGAGUCACGAUGUCUCCACUGGCAUCAUUGAGAUGGUCCAGGAUCAUUUCACUGAAGAGAGUGAAGGCACCUACACUGUUCAGAUUCAAGAUGGGAAGGGCAAGAACCAGUCCUCUCUUGUUCUCAUUGGAGAUGCUUUCAAGGCAGCUUUAGCAGAGGCUGAGUACCAAAGGCGGGAGUACAUCAGAGUGAAAGAAGGUCCUCACUUCAUGCAGUUUCUAUCCGUCCAAGUGGGAGACGACUGCUCUGUCACUCUUGUCUGCAAGGUGGAUAAUCUGAAGAAGGAGUCUGUGUUCCACUGGUACAAGGAUGAUGAGGAAAUUAUUCCAGAAGUGCCUGCUGAUUUGACAUCUGGAGUCUGCAAACUCCACAUCCCCUUGUUCUCCAAGAAGAGCCAGGGCAUUUACAAAGCUACAAUUAGUGAUGACCGAGGAAAAGAUGUGUCUCAGUUAGACAUUUCUGGCCAAGUGUUUGAUGAUAUCAUCAAUGAGCUCUCCCAUCUUGCUGGAUCCUCGGCAGCUGACUUGGCAAUUCAGUGCACUGCAGAAGGCAUUCGUAUUCAGUGCCAAAUGAAGUAUUAUACAGAGGAGAUGAGAAUCAAUUGGUUGCACAAGGACAGCAAAAUCUCUGCUUCAGAGAGGAUGAGGAUUGGUGGCACUCCACAGAUGGCCAGCAUUGAGGUUGUUGAGCCCACCGAUAAAGAUAAAGGCUUAUACACCAUUGAGAUUAUGGAUGCUGAAAAGACAUACACUCGCAAUAUUGACCUCUCAGGACAAGUCUAUGAUAAUGCCUAUGCAGAAUUUCUGAGACUCAAAGCAGAAGCAUUUGCAGAAAAGAACCGUGGUAAAGUGGUUGGUGGUCUCCCUGAUGUUGUUACUAUCAUGGAGAAGAAGACACUGAGCUUGACCUGCACAGUGUGUGGAGACCCAAAACCCCACGUCACCUGGUUCAAGAACGACCAGGAAGUGGAGCAUGAUGAUCACUAUGUGAUUGCCAUGGACUCGGGCAAGUUUGCCAGCCUUACCAUUAAAGGUGUCGGCUUGGAGGACUCUGGCAAGUACACGAUGACCGUGCUCAACAAGUAUGGCGGGGAGUCUGUGGAUAUCACCGUAAGCGUCUAUAAGCAUGGCGACAAGAUUCCAGAAGUGAAGCCUAUACCAAUGCCCAAGAGGAUCACCCCUCCUAAGACCCCUAUUGUCAUCCCAACCCCGGCUGCCAAAUCUCCUGCCCCUGCCCCUGCCACCAAGGCUCCCAGCCCCGCCCCAGGUCAGGCUGCUAAGUCUCCUGUCCCACCUCGUGGCAUUAAGUCCCCCACCCCCACCAGAAAGAAGUAAAUUACAGAAUACUGCAAUAUGUAAUGCUGGAAAAGACAGCAGCAUUAUCAUUAUUAAUUUAUAGCAUGAAUAAAGAGAUAUUAAAUAAAGGUAGAUGUCUAUCAUUUUUCACUGAGGAGGCAGUCGUGCCCCCCUCCCAUGUCCACUCAAACAUGUCAACUGCUGUCUUAUGGUAAAGAAAGAACAGAGGGUUAGGUUAUAGUUAGUGCAUCGGAAGCUCUGCAAUUGACACCAAAUGCAGCUUCAAAACUCUUUGUCAUGGGGGUUUCCUAAGCUGAGAGGGCCUCUAAUGAACUUGUUCCGUCUCCCUCAAGGCGCCCAGAUGAAAAAUGACCAGCUUUGAUGUUUAGUUUAUUAAAUCUCUUGUUUUAAAAGCCACAUUUUCAAUUAGCCAGUUGGAGUCUUAAAACAUUCAUUUUCGGCACAAACGGAUAACCCUGCAGUGUUAGACCUCCACUUGGCCCACAGCAGCAGGCUCAGCAAGCCCCGCCACCACUCAAAAUAAAUCACAUUACACCCACGCCGUAUCGUGUUUACUCCUGCUUUGAGCUAAUAAAAAAUAGAGAUGA